CAUCCAUAAGAAUCAUUUGUUGCUAAUAAAACAAAAAAACAAGUAACCUCUGCCUGAAAUGCUGCACUACCAUAGCUUGUUGACAUCAUGGUCAAGUUCAUGGAGGUCAUCAGAGGAUAGCUUACAUGUGAAGAGAUUUGUUGAGUGGCGCCCAUAAGUGAGAAAGCCCAUAAGUGUUUGUUUUGGAGAAAAAUCACUUUAGGAGAUACGGUUUUGAAAUCUAUUUUAGGAACACCCUAUUAAUAACCCUGAGUUUGAGAGGGUACUGGAAACUUGCCACUCUACUCUCAGUAUGCCUGGACAGUUAAGACAGUAGAGAGGUGAGUUUCUUGUGUCAACUGAAACUCCGGGUGCACAUAAGUAACAUCACAUGCACCAUUACUGUAUUUAUUAAACAAAUACUUCUGCCUCAUGCAUAGAACUACCUCCACUGACUGAUUAAUUCAAAUGUAUUACAUUAUUUCAUGCUUUGGCUCAGAAUUUUGAUGUAAUUGGCUUAUACUUUGGGGUUAUAUGAUUAGAUUUGUCUACCUGGUGACUGAAAGUGAAAAGGUGUUGGAGAAUGGCAUGGGUUUUGAAAUUUAUAUUUGGAACAUUAUUAUGAAGAUUUAGCACAAGAUUUUGGAAACCAGUUCUGUGAUAAAUUGAUAAUUGGACCCAGAUGAAAGCUGCACAGUCUUGGCAAGCAGUUUCAGAAAUUUGAGAGCAGAACUACCUUCUGUUAGCACAGUUGACUUUACCUGAAUGAUUUUCACUGUCGAUGAGAAAUGGGAGUCUGGAGCAUAUAUCCUGAAGGAUUGGUUUGUCACUACCCAGUACUAGAGGAUCAGAGAGGCGAUACCACCUAUUGGUGAAAUGCAUACAGGUACCUAUGUGUAUGGAGUCACACCCAGCCUUGACAGUCAAAUCUUCCACCCCACAGGCUGCAAGUGCCAUACAGUACUGCUGGCUUGAACCAUAUAGUGCUCUGUCAGACAGGAUUGAGUCAUUUGAGGCAUAAAUCAGAAACUGCAUGAACACUUGUCUUAAACACCUAUAAUUGUGAUUCUUGUACACAAACUGUGGCCAGGACUAACAGUAGAGACGGACUGAACUGCAUUUUCCCCUUUUGACGUCUACCACACUGUACAUUGUAUGGCUCUCAUGGUUUAUGUACCUCCCAGCCAUAUUUCUUGUGAACCAUUGUGAUGCCAAACUCUGGACAAGAACCACCAACUGAAGAAGUCAUGGCUUUGGAAAGCCUCCCAGGACUGUUUGGUUCAUUUGAAGAAGGCUACAUCCAUGAGUAUUAUUUCUCUGAGACCUCCCAUGCUCUGGCUCUCCUGCAGGGAUUAAAUCAUCAGCGCGCCCAGAGCAUCCUGUGUGAUGUCAUCAUCUGCGUUGAUGGACAAGACUUUCCCUGUCAUCGUAAUGUGUUGGCUGCCUGUUCGCCUUACUUUCUGGCCAUGUUCACUGGAGACAUGAAGGAAAGUAUUGAAAAGAGAAUCAACAUCUCUGGGAUUUGUGCCAACAUUAUGAAACAGUUGAUAGAUUAUGCCUACACAGCCAGUAUAACCAUAACCCGCGAAAACGCUCAGCAGCUCCUUUCGGCUGCCAAUUUGGUCCAGAUUCAGUCAAUUCGCGAGGCCUGCUGCAAGUUCCUCGAGAAGGAAAUGGACCCCAGUAAUUGUCUUGGGAUUCAUUGUUUUGCUGAAGCACAUGUGUGCCUGAAGCUGAGUGAAAAGGCCAAGCAGUUCACAGAAGGCCACUUCACAGAAGUAUCCCGCCAUGAGGAAAUUUUGCUUCUACCCCAAAAUAAAUUGGUUGAGUUGAUAAGCAGCGAUGAAUUGGAGGUGGAAAAUGAGGAGAUUGUCUUUGAUGCUGUUCUCAGUUGGGUGAAACAUGAACCUGACACCAGGGCAGCAGUGCUGGCAGACGUUCUUCAAUAUGUCCGUCUGCCAUUGGUCAGUCCCUACUUCCUGUUUGAUAAAAUGGAGAAGGAAUCUGUUCUACGCCUGUCUCCAGAUUGCAGAGCUCUCAUAGAUGAAGCCCUGAAGUUUUUCAUCUUGAAAGACAGAAGACUUGAAAUGGAAUCACCACGAAUCAGGCCAAGAAAGUGCAUGGCAACCACUGAAAUGAUCAUGACAAUCGGAGGUGAAAUCUUCAACAAGAAUUACCUCAAUUGCGUGGACUGUUAUGAUUUUCAAGAAGGACGCUGGUGGAAGUUGAAGGAGCUCCCAUUCCCUCGCUGUCAUCACAGUGCAGUGCUAUCAGACAAUCAACAUGUUUACAUUGCUGGUGGAUUCAACAAAGACAAAGUUGUACUGAAUAAUGUGCUGAGAUAUGAGAAAGUGCUGGAUAAAUGGAUUAGGGUGGCCAGCAUGAAUACACCCAGGGCAAGACACGGUAUGACAACUCUAGAUGGAGUCAUGUAUGUCCUGGGAGGCUAUGAUGGUCAAGCCAGAGUGGACACAGUGGAGAAAUACUGUCCUGAGACCAACACCUGGUCAUUUGUCCAGUCUCUGGGUGUGGCGGUCAGCAGGUGUCAGGCUGUGGGCUUCAAUGGAUUCUUGUAUGUCGCAGGAGGUGUAGUUGACCCCAGUAACCAAUGUACUGAGAUGUUCCAGAGAUAUAACCCCAGAAUUGACCAGUGGGAGACGUUGGCCCCGAUGCCGCAGCCUGCCUGUCUUAGCGCAUUGUUGGUGGCCCGAAACCAGUUGUAUGCAGUGGGUGGGACAACAGACAUGGUAACAGCCAGUCGUCAGCUCUGUCUGUAUGAUGUUGAGAGGAACCGAUGGUCAGAGCUGUCUCCUAUGACAGAGACCAGGUUUGAUGCAGGUGCUGCAACAAUCAAUGGGAAAAUAUACGUACUUAGCGGCCAUGAUGGGGAGAACUCGUUUUUCUCCAAUGUGGAAGAAUACGAUUUGGACACCGACACUUGGAAAAUAGUCCCAAACAUCACGCUGCCAUUUGGGAGGUGCCGAUUUGGAUGUGUGGCUAUGAGGUUGAAUCGCAAGUGAGAAAUUGAAUUCAGUGCUGUCUCUUAAUUCAUUGUAUGUGCAAUUAAUUUUUUUGUUAAAAAUGAACCUGUACUUUUCACAUUGUCUAAUUUCUUAGAGGCUACAUUACUGCUGUGUGUCUCAUAAAAUGAGUUAAAGUAACUUAUUACACAGUUGUAAUUUUGAUUUUGAGCAUCCCUUUAUCAUAAAACCCAAAUGUAGUGUUUAUAACAUAACAACUUUUUUAAUUGCAAAGUCCAGAUAAUAUGCCUCUUAUGAUGCAGUUUUAAGCUGCCAUUGGUUUAAAACUUAUUUUUUGCCUGCUGCUGACUUGCAUCGUCAAGAAAAAGUGUAUUUUGCAUUCAAGGCAUUUUGAUUGAAAAUAAAUUUUUAAGGUAUGUAAUGGGUUACAAUAGAAAUUAGUCAUUUGACAAUUUUAUGGUAUUUUGUGUUUUGGCACGAGUUGGACUAAAACUGUCUGGGUGACAUUGGCAGGAUAGACACCUUGAUAUGACUCACUAUGUGUCACAUGUAUAAUCAUCCAUACAACUCCUGGGUAUAAUCCAGAAAAGAACUGUGAACAAAUAUAAGUCACAUGGGCAAACUUUGUUAAUGUGCAAAACUUUUUUUAUAGCUGCACAAUUAUGUUUGAUCUCUUAUAAGUAGAAUUUUUGACUAUAUCUGAUAUAAUGAUUUUAUUUAAGUAAUAUUUUUUUUUUUUUUGCAAAAAUAAGUGAUAUGGAAAAAUCAAAAGUAAUUUGAGGGGUUGAAACACCAAAACAAAAACAUCAACCAGAAGAAAGUCAAUUGUUCCAUGUUGGUAAGAGAUUGGCUGAAGUAGAUCAUUUAUAACAUUAGCUGGGUAGUGUACCAGUACAUGUAUGUUUAACUGUAUCAACAGAGAGACAUGAAAAUCAUAACAAUAUUGCAGAUAGAAUUGACAUGUUUCAGGCUCUGUAUCUAUCAUAUCUCUUUAUUUAUCUUAUUAUGAUGGUAACCUGAGCUAUCAGACCUCAUAAAUGAUAUUUGCUGCAUGUUACCAUGAGCCUUAAAUUUGAGGGCACAUAUGUAUGCCCAAAUUAAAGACUAAGGCCACAAAUUAAGUACCCCAAACAGAAACGCAGAAUUCCGUAUUUUUAAAUUCAAUUUUUCGUGGUUCCUGAGAUUCGCCUUAUCUGAGAUUCGGUAAAUUUUCAAAGUUUUUUUUUAACCUAUGCUCAUAUCUGCCCAAUGUAAAAUUAGUCUACAGGAACAGAGAGGUUUGUGUAUUGUAGCACUGUGGUCAUAUGUUUAGGCACUUAAUUUGUGGCUUGAAUCAUUAAAUUGGUCAUUCCUGCUCACAAAUCUGAUGCUAGAGUUUGCAAAUGCCUAAUCCAAUUAUAAGGCCUGGGUAUGGAAUAAUCUGUGAUGCACUACUUUUGUAAGAAUUUUGUAAUUUAGAACUAAAAAAAGGUAAAUAGAAAUUAUAAUUUUCUGAGCUUUGGGUAAAACAAACCUUGGUGAUAAAGAAAAUUUGGUGAAAUUUGAAGGAAAAUUCAGUGUUUGCUAUACAAAGGUCUGGCAAGCAUUUUGUUUCUUUCAGACUAUUUAUCUCUUAAAUUAAAUACUGUUGUUACUUUAAAUGUCAAAAAUUGCUCUUGGUUAAGACUGUCUAAACUCUUUUCAAAUAAUGUAAUAAACUAAUGUUGCAUUUAAUGAAGGAUCUGAAAGGCCACAUAUCUCUUUCUUUAAUGUAGCCCAUAGGGCAAAUUAUGGUUGUCAUGACAAUGUUAUAUGUGUUCUCAGUUUAGGUACAGUAAUGGCAUUGGUUAAAGCAAUCUGACCAGUAUUACAUAGAUCUCUUCACACAUAUAGAAAAUUAUCCAUGUCAGAACCUGGUUGUAGAAAUUUAGAUUUGAUUUUUAAAAAAUUCAUUUACUCAUUAUUAUUAUAUAAUUAUUUUAAUUGUGAAACAGGCCUUAAGUAAUGUUUCCAUUGUUAUUAUUCACUUAAUUAUUAUUAAGGUCCAUUUGAACUUAAUUUAAGCACUUGCACUUCAUUUUAAUGGUGACUGCCUCCUAUUUAGUGAGCACUUUCUGUCUCCUUAUGUUUCAUCUUAAAUUGCCUCUGUUAAUUGGGAUAAUAUAUAUUUUUAUAGUUUUUGUCAAACUCUAUUAUCCUAGUAAGACAAAUCUAAUAAGAACAUUAUUUGGCUGUUAAGUAGCUGCUUAUGUUUUUAUUGAUGAAUGUUUCUUAAAUAUCAAAGAUGUCAGAGAUUAUUUAUCUUUAGAAAUUAUAUGUUUACACAAAUUUAAAAUUUUGUUAAAUUUUGAUAGAUUUAAUAAAUUUAUGAUAUCAA